AUGGAAGAUGUCAUAUUACAUGAGCGAGAACGCGCCUUCGCGUGUCGCACCGUCACCGCGCCCGACCUGGCGAAGUGGUUGAACAUCACCUCAGAGGGCGCUGGUCACUUGGAGGAUACGCUCGUCUUCAUUCCGGAUCCGACGCGAGAGGAGGGUAGACCCCUGAAGCUGAAACACCUCAUCUUUGCCGAUUCUCGUAGCCGAUCUAAACGCUGCCGUUGCUCUGCCCUGUCGGCCGAUGGCAAGCUUCUUGCAGCAUCGUUCGACACUAGCGACAUCCUUGUAUGGCGACUCUCCGAUGGUCUCUUGGUUCAACACCUACAACAUCAGGGCCAUACAGACUAUGUUAGAUCCUUAUCAUUUUCCCCAAUCAGUCGCGCCCUUGUAUCGGGAUCCAACGACAGGAGCGCGAUCGUCUGGGACAUUCCGAGUGGCCGUGUUCUUCUACGUCUAGAAGGACAUAGCGGGCCAGUAUGCCAGGUCGCAUAUUCCUCUGAUGGUGCACUCAUCGCCACCGCUUGCGACGAAGACAAGUCCGUGAAAAUUUGGGACGCUUUGACUGGGGCAUGUAUACAGUCCCUCGAUGUUCAUGGUUCAAUAUACAAGGUCUCCUUUUCCCCGGAUAGC